CUGGGAUCCACCAGCUGACAGGUGGAGCUGCGAGCCUCCAGUGCUCAGCCCUCGGUGGGGCCUGCCUGGCAGCCCCACACACAGAGGGCAUCGGGGUGGCGGGGGCACGUGUUACACGGGGGCCCUGGGUCUGAGUCAUCCACUUCCUCCGAGUCUGGAUGGGAGGACCCCGCACCUCUCCUCCGCCCUGUCCUGAUCUAGAAGGAUAAAUGGGGAGGGGAGAGCCCGCUGGGUAGAAGGAAAAGGGAGCGGCCAGGGUAAGUCCCCACUCUCAGAGACCCUGACAUCAGCGUCACCUGGAGCAGAGUGGCCCAGCCUCAGACUCAGAGCACCAAGACCCAGGCCCGCAGGCCUGGACCCACCCCGGUCCCCCCGUCCCAGCUCCAUUCUUCACCCCACAAUCUGUAGCCCCCAGCCCUGCCCUGUGAGGCCCGGCCAGGCCCACGAUGCUCCUCCUUGCUCCCCAGAUGCUGAGCCUGCUGCUGCUGGCGCUGCCCGUCCUGGUGAGCCUGGCCUACAUGGCCCCUGCCCCAGGCCAGGCCCUGCAGCGAACGGGCAUUGUUGGGGGGCAGGAGGCCCCCAGGAGCAAGUGGCCCUGGCAGGUGAGCCUGAGAUUCCGCGACCCAUACUGGAUGCACUUCUGCAGGGGCUCCCUCAUCCACCCCCAGUGGGUGCUGACCGCGGCGCACUGCCUGGGACCGGAAGUCAAGGAUCUGGCCGCCCUCAGGGUGCAACUGCAGGAGCAGCACCUCUACUACCAGGAGCAGCUGCUGCCAGUCAGCAGGAUCAUCGUGCACCCACAGUUCUACAUCAUCCAGACCGGGGCGGACAUCACCCUGCUGGAGCUGGAGGAGCCCGUGAACAUCUCCAGCCACAUCCACACGGUCACGCUGCCCCCUGCCUCGGAGACCUUCCCCCCGGGGAUGCCGUGCUGGGUCACUGGCUGGGGCAACAUGGACAAUAAUGUGCACCUGCCGCCGCUGUACCCGCUGAAGGAGGUGGAAGUCCCCGUAGUGGAAAACCACCUUGGCGACGCGGAAUAUCACACCGGCCUCCAUAUGGGCCACAGCUUUCAAAUCGUCCGCGAUGACAUGCUGUGUGCGGGGAGCGAAAAGCACAACUCCUGCCAGGGUGACUCUGGAGGGCCCCUGGUCUGCAAGGUGAAUGGCACCUAGCUGCAGGCGGGCGUGGUCAGCUGGGAGGAGAGCUGUGCCCAGCCCAACCGGCCUGGCAUCUACACCCGUGUCACCUACUACUUGGACUGGAUCCACCACUAUGUCCCCAAGAAGCCCUGAGCCAGGCCUGGGGUGUCCACCCGGGUCACUGGAGGGCCAGCCCCUCCUGUCCAAACCACCACUGCUUCCUACCCAGGUGGUGACUGCCCCCCACACCUUCCCCCAUCCUGAGUCCCCUCCCCCACCCUGAGCCCCUUCCCCUUUCUUG